CUUAGAAUCAAAACAAACACCAAUAAAAAACAUUACACAUCCCAACUAAAUAAUUAACCCCACAAAAAACACAAAUUUAAAAUAGGAACAAUACGCACAAGGAAAGACAGACAGACAAUAAUGUGUGGUGGACAGGUAUGAGAUAAAUAUUGAAUGCCCAGGUCUACAAAUUUAUUCACAACGAAAUGUCACGUAAUGUUCUGCAAAGUAGUUUGCUCAACGCCGGAUUAAGUAUUAUUUUUCAGGUAUUAUGUCGUAUUGUUACCUUUGGUAUCAAUGCCUUCAUAGUACGCAAUGUUGGACGUGAAGUAUUGGGUAUUAUGAAUGUUCGCUUACUGUUGCUGGAGAGUACGGUAUUGUUUUUAUCUCGUGAGGCUAUAAAUCGUGCUGCUUUAAGCGCUACCUCCCAGCAGCGUGAAAAAUGCUCUUGGGCUCAAUUAAUCAAUCAGCAGUGGUUAACUGUACCCAUCUGCAUAGCUAUAAGCCUACCUUGCGUGUAUAUAUGGCUCAAUUGGCUAUCGGCUGUUGAUGCGGUAUUUGCAUCACAAUACCGUUUUGCUUGCUAUGCUGUCGCCUUGUCUUGUGUCAUAGAGUUGUGUGCCGAAGCUCCAGUGUUUAUAAUACAAGUUUUUUGUUUUGUUAAACUUAAAGUUAUACUUAAUACGCUUCAUAUCUUUGUACGUUCUGUGGUCUUUCUCUGGAUUGUCUUAGGUAAUGGUACGGUGGCCAUUUAUGCUUUUGCCAUAGCUCAAUUGGUUAGUGCGUUUACAAUAUUGCUGUCGCACUAUGGAUUUUUUGCCUAUUAUAUUAAAUUAUUUGAAGAUUAUAAAAAAUCAUCGAAAGAUAAAAAGGAAAGUGACUGGAAGCCUAGAAUACCUUUUGUAGAUGCAACAAUUUUUGAUAAUAUGCAGGAUUUUCCAUUUAGAAGUUUAAAGCAAUUUCUUCCGGGCGUUAUGAUAAACAAGGAAAGUUUUUUCAACUCCGAGUUGCAAGUUUUAACUUUAAGCUUUGUUAAGCAAGGCGUUCUCAAACAAAUACUAACGGAAGGUGAAAAAUACGUCAUGUCUAUGAGUCCUGUCUUAAGUUUUAGUGAACAGGCUACUUACGAUGUAGUCAACAAUUUGGGCAGCUUGGCGGCACGAUUCAUAUUUAGACCCAUAGAGGAGAGCAGUUACUUUUAUUUUACACAAACUAUUGCUAGAGAUGUGGCCCUACAAGAACAGGAUAAGAAAAAAGUACAACAAGCCGCCCAAGUUUUGAGUCAUCUGUCUUUAGUUGUAUCCUCCAUAGGUCUAUUGGCCUUAGUAUUUGGUCAGAGUUAUGCACAUACCGUUUUGCUGUUGUAUGGUGGUGCUGAUUUUGUGGCCGAUGGUUUACCAGUUGUUUUACUAAAAUGGCAUUGUUUGGCUAUAUAUUUCUUAGCGGUUAAUGGUAUUACCGAAGGUUACAUGUUUGCUACUAAUACUAGUCAAGAUAUCGAUAAAUAUAAUUAUCUUAUGGCUAUAUUUAGUGUAAGCUUUCUAGUUUUAUCCUAUGUGUUGACAAGUAUUUUUGGUCCUGUUGGUUUUAUAUUUGCCAAUUGUAUCAAUAUGUUUUCGCGUAUUUGUUUUAGCACCCGUUUUAUUUGGUUGCAAUACAAGCCUUUAGAUUAUAAUCCUUUAAAGGGUUUUAUGCCAAAGAAACUGUUUUUAGUGACUUUAAUAUUUGUGGGAAUUGUAUGUCAAUAUUUCAUGUUAAAUACUUCCAUUAUCAAGCAUUUGGCUUUGGGUGUUGUUAGUGUGUUAAUUGUGUUGGCCAUUUGGUCAUAUGAAAAUCAGGAACUGAUAAAACUAGGCUGGUCAUACAAAAGAAACAAAUUAAAGGCACUUUGAUGUAAAAGACAAUUGUUACAAAUAAAAUAUAUUAGCAAAAAUUAUGAAAAUUUUUAAAAAUUUUCUUUAACAUCGUUAUAUUAAACCAAACAAACUCUUCUCUUCUUAUUAACAUUCCUUAUUUAAAAAUUAUGUUGUUGCUUAAGAAAAACUAUUAUUUUUUUUUAUUUAUAUAUUUUUAUAAAAAUGUAUAUAAAAUAAUUAACAAUUUAGUACUGGCUUAGCUUUAAAUACAAUACAUAUAUUUUAAACAUACAAAAACAACUUAAUCUUAACUUACAACUAAACAUCUUCAAA